UGAACACCAGCAAAUCUUUCGCGUGCCAGGCAUGUUGCGCCGACCGAUCGUGGGCCGCCUCGCCGGCCAAGUGCAGGCGCGCUCCAAGGUGACCAAGGCGCCGGACCUCCAGGAGAAGGUCGUGAACCUCUGCCGCCACCGCGGCUUUGUGUAUCCCGGCUCGGACAUCUACGGCGGCCUCGCCAACAGCUUCGACUACGGCCCACUCGGCGUCCAGAUGAAGAAGAACAUCCAGGACGCGUGGUGGCGCCACUUCGUGCAGUCGCGCACGGACUGCGUCGGCCUCGACUCGUCCGUGAUCCUGAGCUCGCGCGUCUGGGAGGCGUCGGGGCACAUUGGCAACUUUACCGACCCCAUGACGGUCUGCAAGGAGUGCAACAGCCGCGUGCGCGCCGACAAGCUGAUCGAGAACGCGUCUGAUGUCACGGGCGUUGAGGAAGCCGGUGGCCUCUCGUGCGAGGCGAUUGACGAGCUCAUUGCGACGCACAAGCUGAGCUGCCCGUCCUGCGGCAGCUCGUCGCUGCAAAAGACGCGGCUCUUCAACCUCCUCUUCCGCACCAACAUGGGCUCGACCGACGAGACGAGCGAGUGGGUCUACCUUCGCCCCGAGACGGCGCAAGGCGCGUACAUCAACUUCCAGCACGUCGUCUCGACCAUGCGCCGGCGCCUGCCGUUUGGCGUCGGCCAAAUGGGCAAAUCGUUCCGCAAUGAGAUUUCGCCCGGCCACUUUCUCUUCCGGACGCGCGAGUUUGAGCAGCUCGAAUUGCAGUACUUUUGUCCCCCGGACGAGUCGGACAACUGGUUUAACUACUGGGUGGACGAGUGCUACAACUGGCUCAUCAAGCACGGCGUGAAGGAAGCCAACAUCAAGAAGCGGGUCCACGACCAAGCGGAGCUUGCCCACUACGCGCGCGCGACGACCGACAUUGAGUUUUUGUACCCGUUUGGUUGGAGCGAGCUCUGGGGCAUUGCCAACCGCACCGACUAUGACUUGCGCAAGCACAUGGAAGCGUCCAAGAAGGACUUGAGUUACCAGGACCCGACGACAAAGGAGGUGUGCAUGCCUCAUGUGGUCGAGCCUGCAUUGGGCACUGGCCGCGUCUUGCUUGCGAUGCUCCUGGAUGCGUACGACGAAGAAGAAGUCGCUGGCCGGAAGCGCACGGUCCUGCGGCUGCAUCCGGACAUUGCGCCGUACAAGUUUGCCGUCUUGCCGCUGCAGAGCAAGGGCGAGCUCGUCGAUGUCGCACGCUCCUUUUACCGCGACCUCACGGUGCAAGCGAGCUGCGACUUUGACGUCACGGGCUCGAUCGGCCGCCGGUACCGCCGCCAAGAUGAAGUCGGCACGCCAUACUGCGUCACGGUGGAUUUCGAGACGCUCGCGGACCAAUCGGUGACGGUGCGCGACCGCGACAGCAUGGCGCAGGUCCGCGUCCCGAUCGCGGAUCUCCUCCGCGGCAACUGGCAGCCCAGCUUUGCCUAGAGACUCUAGAGACGACGCUUGAUAGAGGACGUCAUAACAAUGCCACAUCGCGUUAGCAGAA